UAGAGUUAAUUUUACGUAUGUAAAUUAUUAAGUUAAGAGAUCCAGUUUAUAAAAAAGUGUUGUUUUAUAACAUACAACGUUUGGGUAUGGACAAUUGACGUAGAACUGUAGAUAUUUUGUAAUCCCACAUAGUUGUUCAUGUUUUGAAUGUGAAAAAUUGUUGUGCGGCGCCGCGGGCGGUCGGUAAAGCAGUCGCCCCGGUCCGGUAGGCCGACGGGCGACACGCAAGCGCCACAGAUCGUGCCGGUGACCACAUGUCGGCGACAUCAUGGUGAUCGUUACCAGAGGUGAUUACAUAUGGAUCGAGCCGGUGUCCGGGCGCGAGUUCGACGUGGCCAUCGGCGCACGCGUGCUCGCGGCGGAGGGGCGCCGGAUCCGCGUACGCGACGACGACGGCCAGGAGCAAUGGCUGCCGCCGGAGCGCCGCAUCAAGGCCAUGCACGCCACCUCCGUGCACGGCGUCGAGGACAUGAUCUCCCUCGGCGACCUGCACGAGGCGGGCAUCUUGAGGAACCUGCUCAUUCGCUAUAACGAGAAUCUCAUCUAUACUUAUACGGGUUCUAUAUUGGUAGCGGUAAAUCCAUACCAAAUAUUACCAAUUUACACAGCGGACCAAAUUAAGUUAUACAAAGAAAGAAAAAUCGGGGAGCUGCCACCACACAUAUUCGCGAUAGGUGACAAUGCGUAUGCACAUAUGCGGCGGUACGGUCAGGACCAGUGCAUUGUGAUCAGUGGAGAAUCGGGCGCAGGAAAGACUGAAUCCACGAAGUUGAUUCUGCAGUACCUUGCGGCGAUAAGUGGGAAACAUUCUUGGAUAGAGCAACAGAUCCUAGAAGCUAAUCCAAUCUUAGAAGCUUUCGGAAAUGCAAAAACUGUGCGGAAUGAUAACUCGUCACGUUUCGGAAAAUACAUCGACAUUCAUUUCAAUAGCAAUGGUGUUAUAGAGGGUGCUAAAAUAGAACAAUAUUUACUAGAGAAAUCAAGAAUAGUCUUCCAAGGAACAGAUGAGAGGAAUUACCACGUGUUCUACUGUUUAUUGGCUGGUUUAUCUAAAGAAGAGAAGAAAAAGUUGGAUUUAGGGGAGCCUUCGGAUUACCGGUAUUUAUCGGGAGGCAACAGUUUCACAUGUGAAGGCAGAGAUGAUUCAGCUGAAUUUGCAGAUAUACGAUCUGCAAUGAAAGUUUUGCUGUUCACCGAAUCGGAAAUAUGGGAAAUAUUGAAACUGUUAGCAGCUGUCUUACACUGUGGAAAUAUCAAAUACGAGGCAACUGUCGUAGAUAAUUUGGACGCCACUGAGAUUAUAGAACAGGGAAAUGUUAAAAGAGUGGCAAGUUUAUUAGGGGUACCAACUCAAACGUUAAUACAAGCGUUAACAAGAAAAACACUGUUUGCACAUGGAGAAACCGUUGUGUCAACACUAAGUAGAGACCAAUCUGUUGAUAUUAGAGAUGCUUUUGUGAAAGGAAUUUACGGACGUCUUUUCGUGACUAUAGUAAGAAAAAUAAAUGCAGCUAUUUAUAGACCCAAAGCUACUAUGCGGACCGCAAUAGGAGUUCUUGACAUCUUUGGUUUUGAAAACUUUGAUCAAAACAGUUUCGAGCAAUUCUGUAUAAAUUUCGCCAAUGAAAAUCUUCAACAAUUUUUCGUUAGACAUAUAUUCAAAUUAGAACAAGAGGAAUAUAAUCAUGAGGGCAUAAAUUGGCAACAUAUAGAAUUUGUUGAUAACCAAGAUGCCUUAGAUUUGAUUGCCCUUAAACAGUUGAACAUAAUGGCUUUAAUAGACGAGGAAUCAAAAUUUCCAAAAGGAACGGAUCAAACUAUGUUAGCUAAGUUACAUAAAACACAUGGACUCCAUAGAAAUUACCUGAAACCAAAAUCAGAUAUAAAUACUAGCUUCGGCUUAAAUCAUUUCGCCGGUAUAGUUUUUUACGAUACCAGAGGAUUUCUUGAAAAGAAUCGGGACACUUUCAGCGCUGACUUGUUACAGUUGAUUCAUAUUUCUACAAAUAAGUUCCUACAACAAAUAUUCCAAGAAGACAUCGUUAUGGGUUCGGAAACACGAAAACGGACGCCAACUCUUUCAACCCAGUUCAAGAAAUCUUUAGACUUAUUAAUGAGAACUUUAGGAUCAUGUCAACCAUUUUUCAUUCGCUGUAUAAAGCCAAAUGAAUUUAAGAAACCCAUGAUGUUUGAUCGAGGUCUAUGCUGUAGGCAACUUAGGUAUUCUGGAAUGAUGGAAACCAUUAGAAUUAGGCGAGCUGGAUAUCCAAUUAGGCACAGUUUUAAGGAAUUUGUUGAAAGAUAUAGAUUUUUGAUAUCAGGAGUGCCUCCAGCUCAUAAGACAGACUGCCGAGCUGCGACCUCGAAAAUUUGUGCAACCGUUUUGGGUAAAUCAGACUAUCAGUUGGGACAUACCAAAGUAUUUCUGAAGGAUGCACAUGACUUGUUCCUCGAACAAGAAAGAGACAGGGUAUUAACGAGAAAAAUUUUGAUAUUGCAACGAUCUAUUCGUGGGUGGGUGUAUCGCAGAAGAUUCUUGAAAAUGAGAGCGGCAGCUAUUUUGAUUCAGCGCCAUUGGCGCGGAAAGCUGCAAAGAAUUCGGUAUAACAAAAUGAAGGUGGGAUACGCGAGGUUGCAAGCUUUGAUACGUGCCAGAGUUUUAGCGCAUCGGUUCCGACACUUGCGUGGACACAUUGUUUCAUUGCAAGCAGCAGCACGCGGGUACCUAGUCCGUCGCUCGUACGGCCACAAGAUGUGGGCGAUCGUCAAGAUCCAGAGCCAAGUGCGUCGCCUCAUCGCGAUGCGGCGCUACCGGCGACUGAAGCAGGAAGCCAUCGCGCACAACGAGGCGCUGCGUCUCCGCAGACAGGAGGAGCAGAGACUUCAGCACCAGGGCAACACGCGGGCGAAGGAGAUAGCGGAACAGAACUACAGGGAACGCAUGUACGAGCUUGAACGUCGCGACGCAGAGCUGGCUCUAGAAGAGAAGCGGCAGUUAGAAGCAAAGAGGACUUUGUUACAAGAAGCAGCUCGGAAGCAAGACGAGCCAGUAGAUGACAGUAAACUUGUGGAGGCCAUGUUUGACUUCCUACCUGAUUCCAGUAGCGAAGCGCCCGCGCCGAAAGACACUUCUAUAUUUAGUGAUCUGCCACAGUUGAGAGCUGAUCAACAGGAGAUGGUAACGCCAAUGCAGACAACGUCUGAAGAUGAGGAGGAUCUGUCAGAAUUUAAAUUCCAGAAAUUUGCAGCAACUUAUUUCCAAGGGAACGUCACACACCAGUACUCGAGAAAACCACUGAAACACCCAUUGUUGCCAUUACAUACACAGGGAGAUCAAUUAGCUGCCCAAGCGUUAUGGAUCACUAUACUACGCUUUACUGGAGACCUUGCAGAGCCAAGGUAUCAUACUAUGGAUAGAGAUAAUACCUCGGUGAUGUCUAAAGUAACAGCAACUCUCGGUAGAAACUUUAUAAGAUCUAAAGAAUUCCAGGAAGCGCAAAUGAUGGGCGUUGACCCUGAGGCUUAUCUCAAUAAACAAAAGCCAAGAUCGAUUAGACACAAGUUAGUAUCAUUAACACUGAAGAGGAAAAACAAACUAGGGGAAGAUGUCAGGCGCAAAUUACAGGACGAGGAAUAUACCGCUGACAGCUAUCAAUCGUGGCUCGAAUCCCGGCCGACGUCGAAUUUAGAGAAACUUCAUUUUAUUAUUGGACACGGCAUAUUGCGCGCCGAAUUGAGGGACGAAAUAUACUGCCAAAUAUGUAAACAAUUAACAAACAAUCCUUCCAAAUCAUCUCACGCUCGUGGAUGGAUUUUGCUAUCAUUGUGCGUUGGAUGUUUCGCUCCUAGUGAAAAAUUUGUAAAUUACCUCAGAGCAUUUAUCAGAGAAGGCCCCCCUGGUUAUGCGCCGUACUGUGAAGACCGUCUUAAGAGAACUUUUAACAAUGGGACAAGAAAUCAACCGCCAUCGUGGUUGGAGCUUCAAGCUACUAAAUCUAAAAAACCCAUCAUGUUACCUAUUACUUUUAUGGACGGCAACACGAAAACAUUGUUAGCUGAUUCAGCAACAACCGCAAGGGAGUUGUGUAACCAAUUAUCGGAUAAAAUCGCGUUACGUGAUCAAUUUGGAUUUUCCUUAUACAUAGCACUAUUUGAUAAAGUAAGUUCACUUGGAAGUGGAGGCGAUCACGUAAUGGAUGCAAUAUCACAAUGUGAACAGUACGCCAAAGAACAGGGAGCACAGGAACGAAACGCUCCUUGGAGACUAUUCUUUAGGAAAGAAAUAUUUGCUCCGUGGCAUGACCCUACCGAAGAUCAGGUGGCUACAAAUCUAAUUUAUCAACAAGUAGUUAGAGGUGUAAAAUUUGGAGAAUACAGGUGUGAUAAAGAAGAAGAUUUAGCAAUGAUUGCCGCUCAGCAGUAUUACAUAGAGUAUGGACAAGAUAUGAACACAGAACGACUGUAUACAUUGUUGCCGAAUUACAUUCCCGAUUACUGCCUGACGGGGGUUGAAAAAGCCGUUGAUCGAUGGGGUGCACUUGUAGUACAAGCAUAUAAAAAGAGUUAUUAUGUCAAAGAAAAAGUUCCUGCAUAUAGAGUUAAAGAAGACGUAGUUAGUUACGCUAAAUUCAAGUGGCCUUUAUUGUUCUCUAGAUUUUAUGAGGCUUAUAGAAAUUCAGGACCAAAUUUACCUAAAAACGAUGUAAUUAUAGCGGUCAACUGGACAGGAGUUUAUGUCGUUGAUGAUCAGGAGCAAGUGUUACUUGAACUAUCGUUUCCGGAAAUAACAACGGUUGCAAGUCAAAAAACUAAUAAAGUUUUCACGCAAACAUUCAGCUUAUCUACAGUUCGUGGUGAAGAGUUUACUUUCCAAAGCCCAAAUGCAGAAGACAUUCGAGAUUUAGUAGUUUAUUUCUUAGAAGGUCUUAAAAAAAGGUCAAAAUAUGUUAUUGCCUUACAAGAUUACAAGGCACCUGGAGAAGGUUCUAGUUUCUUGACUUUCCAAAAAGGAGAUCUUAUUAUUUUAGAAGAAGAAAGUACAGGAGAGUCAGUGCUAAAUAAUGGAUGGUGUAUUGGACGGUGUGAAAGGACCAUGGAAAGAGGAGAUUUUCCUGCAGAGACUGUAUAUGUCUUGCCAGCUCUUACAAAGCCUCCACCCGAUAUAUUGACUUUGUUUUGUCAAGAGGGUGCACAGCAUGGCAGACGUGCACCUACUAGCACGUUUAAUGGAACGGAAACAAGGGACAAGCCCCACACUUUAUUAGAAUAUGCAAUGGAUCACUUUAGAUUACCACCAAAGAGGACCACAUCUAAAGCCCUUACAUUGUCAACAGCAAAACGAGGCGCCGAGGAAUUGUGGCGACAUUCCAGGGAACCUAUAAAGCAACCAUUACUCAAAAAGCUACAGGCUAAAGAAGAAUUAGCCGAAGAGGCAUGCUUUGCGUUCACUGCUAUUGUUAAAUAUAUGGGAGACCUUCCAUCAAAACGUCCUCGAAUAGGAAACGAAUACACAGAUCACAUUUUUGAUGGCCCACUAAAACACGAAAUUUUAAGAGACGAAAUAUAUUGUCAAUUAAUGAAACAACUGACAGACAACAGAAAUAGGAUGUCAGAAGAAAGAGGUUGGGAAUUGAUGUGGCUCGCCACUGGUUUGUUCGCAUGCAGUCAGGGUCUACUUAGAGAAUUAACUUUAUUCCUUAGAACAAGAAGAUAUCCAAUAGCCCAAGAUUCCUUACAGAGACUGCAGAAAACUUUGAGAAACGGCCAAAGAAAAUAUCCCCCUCAUCAAGUAGAAGUAGAAGCAAUUCAACAUAAAACCACUCAAAUAUUUCAUAAGGUUUACUUCCCCGACGACACGGACGAAGCGUUUGAAGUCGACUCUUCGACGAGAGCAAAGGACUUUUGUCAAAACAUAGCGCAGAGACUGAAUCUCAGAUCUAGUGAGGGUUUUAGUUUAUUUGUUAAGAUAGCUGAUAAGGUUAUAUCGGUGCCAGAGGGCGACUUCUUCUUCGAUUUCGUGCGACAUCUCACAGAUUGGAUUAAGAAAGCACGGCCGACGAGAGAUGGCAUAACACCACAAUUUACAUAUCAGGUGUUCUUCAUGAAAAAAUUGUGGACGAAUACGGUGCCGGGCAAAGACAGAGCCGCGGACGUGAUAUUCCACUUCCACCAGGAGUUGCCAAAGCUUCUGCGCGGCUACCACCGCUGCGGGCGGGAGGAGGCGGCGCGGUUGGCUGCUCUGGCCUACAGAGCACGCUUCGGGGACAACAAGCAGGAAUUGCAAGCCAUUCCACAAAUGCUUCGUGAAUUAGUACCAGCGGACCUCAUCAAGCUGCAAAGUUCCGCCGACUGGAAGAGGGCGAUAGUGGCGUCAUACAACCAGGACGCGGGGAUGACGCCCGAGGACGCCAAGAUCACCUUCCUCAAGGUCAUCUACCGGUGGCCGACCUUCGGCUCCGCCUUCUUUGAGGUGAAGCAAACGACGGAGCCGAAUUACCCGGAGCUGCUGUUGAUCGCUAUCAACAAGCAUGGAGUUAGCUUAAUUCACCCACAGUCAAAGGAUAUUCUGGUCACACAUCCGUUCACAAGGAUCUCGAAUUGGUCGUCAGGCAACACGUACUUCCACAUGACGAUAGGGAACCUGGUGCGCGGCUCCAAGCUGCUCUGUGAGACGUCGCUCGGAUACAAAAUGGACGACUUGCUGACGUCAUACAUCUCCCUCAUGCUCACCAACAUGAACAAGCAACGAUCGAUGCGGGUGAAAUAACAAUAAAUAUAAUAGUGUCAUGUUUUUGCAUGAAAAAUGUAAUCAUAGGCCCUUAUUUAUCAUGAGAGUCAAGUCAUGACGGUCAUUUUUGUAGUCAUUCGUUGCAAAAUGCCGUCACGUUUUAGAAAUCAGGGUCUGUAGCCAAGUGGUACGUCGAUUUUCUUUCUACGAUCGCAAACGCUUCGAAAACUAGAAAUACAUGGGAAUGACAGAUCUUGAUCAUGUGACUUGUCGAUAGCUAAUGUCAUUCCUAUACAUUUUUCUAGUUUUUGUAGCGUUAGCGUUUGUAGAAAGAGAAUCGAAAUGCCACUUGGCUAUAGGCCCAGGGCCUGCGAUUCGUAAUUUUAAGGAUGUAGGGCUUUGUUAUGUGUAAUAGUUGGUCUCGCUUUUUGGCGAUGUUAUAUUUAAUUUUAUAUGGAUGCUUGAAUAAAAAAUAUUGUAUGAAUUCGCAUAGUGUACAUGUGUGAAUAUUAAAACUUAUUUAAUAUAAAAAGUUUUUAUAUUUUACACCAUAAUUAUAUAAAGUCAAAAUAAAAUAUUAAAAUAAAUGAAAUUUUAAGAUAUUAUACAAUUUAGCCGUUACUUAACUUUUCAUUGGUGACCAUUGUCAUUAGAUUACGCAAAAUGACAUACAGUGUGUGACAAAUUUCAUACAAACGAACACUUGGUUUAGCAGUGGUUAAACUAAGGUUAAAAGACGUAACUUCAGUGCUAUAUGUUCUGUGGGUAAAACAGUUCUGCUACGGGUCGAAUAACGUAUUGGGUUCGAAUCCUGGGAACAAACUUUGAUGCAGAAAUGCAUUUCCAUAUAGAGGACUCAUUAGGAAGUCAUUAUUGGAGAAGGAAUUUUCCAUUUGAUAUAUCUCGUACAGUGCUUACCCUAGUUUAAACCCUUCUUCACGCCUUUGGAUAUAUGCCUAUUUGUAAUAUUAUUUAUAACUUUAUCUAAAUUAUUAAUAAUCCGUCCAUAAACAAUAAAAAUAUUAUUUGAAUGUUAUACUUACAUUUCUACUUAUUUUUAAUAGAACUUGUAGUUAGCUGCGUCAAAUGUAUUAUUAAAAUUCUACAUUUAAGUAGAUAAGUAAAUAUCAAAAUAUAUGUAGGUUUGUAUACAAAUGAAUAUACUAAAAUGAAGCUUAUUUUGGAGGCAAAUAAAUAUAAAAGGAAUGUUGACAUUAAUUUAGAUUUUUAUUUAUUAUCGAAGAUAUAUUAUAUGUAUUUAAAAAAAUUGGAUUAAAAAAAUAGAUAGAUACAUACAAAAUUAAUCAAAUAAUGGAAAACUUAAACAAGCAUUUAUUUUUAGCUUUCAUAUGACUGAAUGAAAUUAAAUUAUGAAAUAGG